AUGCACUGCUCCGAAACCCAGCCGGAUAUCGAGAAUGUCUACUGGUAUUUCAAGUACCACCGCGCUGUCGACUCGCAACGACAACCCAUGUUCAAGAGACUGAUCAUGUCGUACACCUCUGGACUCGAAGAUCCCGACCUGCCAUACUACGAGGACUGGUACAGCCUUCUAGCCGACUAUGCUGUUUGUCAGAUGACCAAGCCCUCAGACAAACUAGUUGCAAUCUCAGCGGUUGCAAAGGAGAUGCAAAAACACUUGUCUGACGUCGGAGAACCAACGACUUACUUGGCCGGCCUUUGGGGCUCCAGAUUGCCGCAAGCCUUGAUCUGGUACAUAGAGCCUUCUUCGGUACAGAGGAGCCGGCCUCGCUCGUUUCGAGCUCCCUCUUGGUCAUGGGCCGCGGUCGAUGGACAGUUGAUUCAUCGAGACGAGACGUUCGAUUUUGAAUCGCCGUUCGCCAGAGUCGUCCGAGCCGAAACCACAACUUCGACCGGGGACGAGACCGGACAGGUCACGGGUGGCAGCAUCACCCUGGAGAGUGUGCUUUUGCUACUCACUGCCCGCUUUGGGGCUUCGACAGGUCAUUCAGCGAGCUCGUGUUUGGACAUCGCUAGCAUCAAGGCUUCCGGGGAGAAUCACGCACCAGUCAGAUUUGGUAGCGAUUCCGACGCGGACGCGAGCGGAAAUGUUUAUUUCGAUACCCUCGAGGAUGUUGGGUACGAAGUUCAGUUUAUGCCCGUGACGAGGCAGGCAGGCAGCGAUCAUUUCACGUAUGGCCUGGCACUUGUUGGCCAUGGCGAAGUAUUUAAAAGGGUUGGCCACGUUGUGAUCAACUUGCACUGGGAGGAAAUGCUACCCUCUUGGAAUACGUGGCUACGUGAGCUACCUCGACAUGUCAUCGACAUAGAGUGA